AAGAUCAAGGAGGGAGCGGAGAGGAGGAGAGAGCAAUCCAAAUUGGAGAAGAAAGCGCAGCAAAGGAGGGGGGGGAAGUACACACCAAGGGAAUUGGAAUGAAGUUGCUCGAGAAAAUGGGUUACAAAGGGGGCGGUCUUGGGAAGAACCGACAGGGGAUUGUGACGCCCAUUGAAGCGAAGUUGCGUCCUGAGAAUAUGGGUAUGGUUUUCAACGACUACAAAGAAACUCCUGCAAAGGCACCUGUUGCCUCGCUGGAGCCCGAGGAAAAGAAGACAUUACCUGAUGUGCCCGGCAGUAAGGAGAGGCUUUGGUCUAAGCAAGCGAAGAAGGCAACGCUGAAGAACAAAGCGAAAUAUGUUACAGCAGAAGAGCUGUUGGCGAAGAAGCAGGAACAGGGGGGUGUUGAAGUUGUGCAAAAGGUACUUGACAUGCGCGGACCUCAGGUUAGGGUAUUAGCAAACUUGGAGAAUCUGAAUGCGGAAGAGAAGGCGAGGGAGAGCGGCAUUCCGAUGCCCGAGCUCCGGCACGAUGUAAGGUCGAUUGUGGGCCCGGCCAAGUUGGAUAUUCAGAAGGUCGAUAGGGAUCCGAGGAAUGAGAAGGAGACUGCUCUGAGCUUGCAAAACGAAAAAGAGAAGUUACAAGCCGAGGCAGAACUCCAGAAGAAACAGCUGAAUUAUACUCUGUUUAUCAGAGUAUUUCAGGGAUGGGAUCGUCUGCGGAAUCCCUCACCUGUGUUUGGAAGUUGUUUCGCGGUGGAAAUCUCUAUUGCACGGGCAGCUUAUCGCGGCCGGUUGGACCAAGUGAAUACGAACCAGAUACCUAUUGGGGACUUAGUUACGCUAACAUUUAAUUAG